AUGGGCAGUGUGGCGGCCGAGGCGUUUGCAGCUGCGGCGAGCGGGCGGAGCGAGGCGCUGGUGGCGUUGGCCGCCGGCGACGUGCCGCUGGCGACGCUGCGCGACACGGCUGGACGGACGCUGCUGCAUGCGGCACUGGCAGGUGGGCACGUGGUAGCAGCAAGUGUGCUCAUGGACGCAGGCUGCUCGCUGACAAGCCGCGACGCAGCGGGGCGGACGCCUGGGCUGGAGGCGGCGCUGGUGGGGCGCGGGGCAGCGCUCGCGGAGCUGCGGGCGAUGCGCGGCGGCGGGGCUGGAUGGGGCUUUCCGCUGGCGUAUGCGGUGAUUCUGGUGGUUGUGCUGGGCGUGUUCUACGGUGAGGCGCUGCCUGCGCUGCCAUCGGCGUGGAUGGGGUGGGCAGUGGCGGCAAUGGUGGCGGUCCAGAUCGGGUGCUACGUGGCGGCAUGGCAGAUGGAUCCAGGCUGGAUUCGGCCCGAACAAGGCAAGCAGGGCGGGCUGGCGGGCAGGGAACCGGGUUGGAGCGUGUGCCCGGUGUGCGGGGUGAAUCGGCCGGCGCGGACGCACCACUGCUCCAAGUGCCAGGUGUGCGUGACCGGGUUUGACCACCACUGUGUGUGGCUGAACAACUGCGUGGGGGAGCGGAACUUGAUCCCGUUUCUGGGCUUUGUGGUGAGUGUGGAGGCUGCGGUUGCCAUGGUGUUGGUGUGGACCGGCGCGGGCGUUGUGCUCGACGAGGCUGCGCCAACAGGAGCGGUAGCAUGGUUGCGGUACACGUGCUCUGUGCAUGUGUAUGGCGUGUUUGUAGUUAUGCUGUGUGGGCUUAUCCUGGCGUGGAUCUCGAUUCUGUUGUACGACCAGGGCCAGGGACUGGUUCUCAACGCGACGGUGUACGAGCGGUCACGGCAGUGGACCGAGGCCGAGGUCGGGCAGGCGCUCCUUGUGCUGACGUUUGGCGAGGCGAUGCGCAAUGUGCGGGCGCGACUGAGCGGGUCUCAUGUGGCUGGGCGGCCUGCGGGGCGGAGCGCAGUGUGA